CAACCGAAAACCGGGAAAGCCAGCAGCCCGGCAACAGCAGCAGCAGCACCGCCACCACCAGCCCGCAGCGCUCGCCCGCCGCCGCCGGCCCGCGGGAGCAACCGGCCGCCGCCAAGAGCUCCGGGACGCCCCGCCGCCCACCAGAUAGAUGUGCGGUCCCGCCGCCCGCACGGCCGACGAUGAACGCGCAGCUGGCGAUGGAGAACAUCGGCGAUCUGCACGGGGUGAGCCAUGAGCCGGUGCCCGCCGCCGCCGACCUGAUGAGCGGCAGCCCCCACCACCGGAGCGCGGUGGCCCACCGCGGCAGCCACCUGCCGGCCCACCCGCGCUCCAUGGGCAUGGCGUCCAUCCUCGACGGCGGCGACUACCACCACCACCACCGGCCGCCCGAGCACGCGCUGACCGGCCCCCUGCACCCCACCAUGACCAUGGCCUGCGAGACACCCCCCGGCAUGAGCAUGAGCAGCACCUACACCACGUUAACCCCUCUGCAGCCUCUACCUCCCAUCUCGACGGUCUCGGACAAGUUCCCUCACCACCACCACCAUCAUCACCACCAUCACCAUCCCCACCAGCGGAUACCGGGCAACGUGAGCGGCAGCUUCACGCUCAUGCGGGACGAGAGGGGUCUGGCGUCUAUGAACAAUCUCUACACCCCCUACCACAAGGAUGUUACCGGCAUGGGGCAGAGCCUCUCUCCGUUGUCUGGAUCGGGCCUGGGGAGCAUCCACAACUCCCAGCAAGGGCUGCCCCACUACGCUCAUCCCAGUGCCACCAUGCCCGCCGAGAAAAUGCUCACCCCAAACGGAUUUGAAGCCCACCACCCUGCCAUGUUAGCCAGGCAUGGCGACCAACACCUCACCCCCACCUCCGCUGGCAUGGUGCCUAUCAACGGGAUCCCACACCACCCCCAUGCCCACUUGAAUGCCCAGAGCCACGGGCAGAUCCUGGGCUCUGCCAGGGAGCAAAACCCUUCUGUAACUGGUUCGCAGGUCAACAGUGGAAGUAAUUCAGGGCAAAUGGAAGAAAUCAAUACCAAAGAAGUAGCUCAGAGGAUCACCACCGAGCUCAAGCGGUACAGCAUCCCCCAGGCUAUCUUCGCCCAGAGGGUGCUGUGCCGCUCUCAAGGGACGCUCUCAGACCUGCUGAGGAACCCCAAGCCCUGGAGCAAGCUCAAAUCCGGCCGGGAGACCUUCCGCAGAAUGUGGAAGUGGCUCCAGGAGCCGGAGUUUCAGCGGAUGUCUGCUCUGCGGCUUGCAGCGUGCAAGAGGAAAGAACAGGAACACGGGAAGGAUAGAGGGAAUACACCCAAAAAGCCUCGGUUGGUCUUCACUGAUGUCCAGCGUCGAACUCUACAUGCAAUAUUCAAGGAAAAUAAGCGUCCGUCCAAAGAGUUACAAAUCACCAUUUCCCAGCAGCUCGGGUUGGAGCUGAGCACCGUCAGCAACUUUUUCAUGAAUGCACGGAGGAGGAGUCUGGAUAAGUGGCAAGACGAGGGCAGCUCCAAUUCAGGCAACUCAUCUUCUUCAUCAAGCACUUGUACCAAAGCAUGAAGGAAUAACCACGAACUAAAACCUCGGUGGAAAAGCUUUAAAAAUAAAUAAAUAAAUAAAUAAAGACAGA